UUUUUUUGUAGUCGCUGAUGGGGAAUAAAAACGUGGCACACCGACACAGCUAAACGUGAAACGCACAAAAAAAAAAUUGUUUGCUGUAUCGGAUGUGUGUAUUUUUUUAUAUUUUUUAUUCAUCUAUAAUCUCAGAUUUUUAUUUUGACCACUUCGGAAAUUCCCAAAAAGAUGGCGAGUGUUAUAUGAAAGUUAUCAACGGAAGUUGUCAUUCUAAACAUUGUUUCAUUGCUUUAGAGAUCUAGUUUCAUUGUUUUUAUAUAGAUCUAUUCAUAGUCUGCAAUUCUAGAGAGUUUCGGAAAAUUCCAAUACGAAUUUGAUUAUAAUACAUUUUAUUUUAGUUCACCAUGGAAAUUAUUAUUUGAAUGUGAACCAUUAUUUUUCAAGUAUAUGUUUGUAUAUAAUGAAUCGCUUAUGAUUAUACAAUGGAGGGACAUAUGAAGUAAUGCUAACUUGCUUUGAAGGGAUUUGAUGUUCGUAUGUGGUCAUCAAAAAAUCUGGAUGUUUUACAUUUCUAUUACUUUUCCACUUGACGUCACUAGCAAAAUGAAGGCAGUACAUAGUUCAACACAUACAGUCAACAAAAGUCAAGACUAAUUGUUUUUGUCAGCUGUAAUCAUGUCCCAUAGAUACACUUCCGGUUCAUACAGCUAUGCUUCUUCUGACACCAGAAAAUCGUCUACUUUGUCAUCCACCUUAAGUUCAUCUGGGAAUUCCAGGCCUCUUAGAUCCGCAGUUGACACGACGACAAGGACGUUGGCUACCACUCCACUUUUGUCAUUGGGAGGCUCGUCCUUGACCGGAGAUCGACGCGGGGUCACGUCUGCUUCGUCCUCGCGCGUGAGCUACUCGAGGACAAAUUAUCUCAGCCCUACGGAUGCUCUGUCUUCGAGGGUGACGUCCGCAGGCGAGACUUCGUCUACGCGUGUAACGUUAUCGUCACGAGAGGCGCUUUCAAAACGUGAGUCGUCGUUCCUAUCAUCGCCUUCUUCAUCUCGAGUAACUGACAGGAGACAAAACCUGAGUAUCGAUGACAGCGAUGACAAAAAGACGCCAAGCAAUGACGUCAGACAUCGAGAAUUUAACGUGGAAGAAGCAGAAAUUAAAUCUGAAAAAAUCCUCGAAAAUCAAAGCAAUCCGGAAACGACAGAAAAUGAGCCUCGUAGCAGACGUCGCACAACAGUCGAAGCCGUGGAGAGGGAUGACUCUAGACCGAGCAGAGGAUGGAGGUCAAGGCUAAUGCAUUUGGACUUUUCCUCCAGCGUAGCCGAUGACAAUAAAACGUUGAGUGGCACUACAAGUCGCAAACGAGCGGAUGAAUUAGGAAAUAUAGACCGCCAGGAAAAAUCUGAUUCGAGCCAGGAGCUAACUCACUCCUCAGAGUUGUCCUCCGUGACAACUCGAUCAGUUUCUAGGCAAGGUCAAAAUGUUUACAUCGAGUCUUCGGAAUCCAGAAUGUCUGUGGAGAAGAAUCAACACAAGAGCCAAGAAAGUUUAGAUGCUCAUUGUGAAACAAAGAAAGUUAGAGAAAGAAGGGCUUAUGGGAAAAAGGAUAGCAGCAGACCUCCGCAAGUCGUUUCUGACAUAAAAAUUAUUACGUCAUUCCAUGACGUCACAGAGGAUAAACAAGCAGCCUUGGGAGUCCAUCUGGAUGAGCCUACGUCCCCAGCGUCGGAUCGCUGGUCGGGUCACUUGACCAGCCCUGUCAAGACGCAAUGGACGGAUGAGGAGCUGGACGCAUUUGUCCGACAGCUGUCCAAUCCCCAGCACCAUGUCACCAAAAUAGCCGCCAUGCCGCAAGCUGAAGCGUCUACUUCGUCUCCGAGGAAAUGCAGCCUUGACCUUUGCCAUGAGCUCAAGGACAGAGGCCGCGUGAGGGCGCCCUUGGCUCGCUCCGAGACCGACACCAGCGUCUCUUUUGGCGAUUUGGACAUCCCAGUUUCGGAAAGAGGAAUGGCAAGCAACGUGGAAGAGGAUGGCUCCAAGUCCGGGGGGCGAGGUAUCAUUAGCGGACUCAGUGGCCUACGCCUUAUCAAGAACAAAAAACUGGCCAGGUCGUCACACGCGGCCAAACGAUACACGGCACACAAAUCAAAAGACGAUCAGGUCGAUCCCGACAGCCUCGGUGACCCCUCGCCACGUGACAAGGCCCUGGGGUCUGUGACAUUCUCCUGCUCUAGUCCUGAAGGCUCAGACGGCGAACUCGCUGCCGAAAUGAGAACAUCGGAACAGUUAAGCAACGGCGCAAACAAAGAUGGCGGGAAGAAAAGACGCUUCCGGAAGAUGCUCUCCCGACCUUUGAACCGGUCUCAGAGCGCAGGGUGCGCUAAAGACGUGCCUGCGCAUGCGCUGUUCUUAGAAAACCAACAGAAAAAAUCCAAAGAUACUGAAACGCUAGCCGCCAGGAAGUCUCGUGCAAGCGAAGGCGACAUUCGGCGUCUGGAUGACGCGGACGACAACGAAGUCGAGGAGGAUGCCAACAGCGCCACCACAGCCGUCCGCAGCAAGAGGAUCUCCGUCAGCAGAAUACACAAGACCAAAUCGGCGGACUCGGCCAUGCUGGCCACUGACGAAUUUGGCGCUAUUCUCCCCCAGAGCAAAGGGAAAUCAAGAAAUAUAGCUAAAAAAAUUUCUCGGAAAAUGAAUUUCCUGCGCAGGCGUCACACAGAUUCAACGUUGGGUCUGAUGAAAAACGAUGAAGGUGCAAGGCGGUUAGCCAAUGUGGAUCCAGAGGAGGCACUGGAAUGGAGCAAAUCCUUUGAAACGUUAUUAUUUGAUAAAACUGGCCUGGAAUUGUUCCGUGGGUUUUUGAUCUCAGAGCACAGCGACGAGAACAUUGAGUUUUGGAUCGCUUGUGAGAACUAUAAAAACAUGAAGUCCAGCAAGCAUCUGCCUUCCUUAGCAACCAAAAUAUUCAAUGACUAUGUGGCUGUUCAGUCCAAGAAAGAGAUUAAUUUGGACUCCAAAACACGAAGCUUGACGUUUGAAUCUGUAACCUCUAACCCAAAUCGUCAAACUUUUGAUGAGGCGCAGAGAAGAGUCCAGGCAUUGAUGGAAAAGGAUUCCUACCGAAGAUUUCUGGAAUCUGAAAUCUAUCAAGACCUUGCCGCUGGCAAUAUCCAGCACAAAGCAUAAUAGCCUCGCACUUAAGUCUUUCUGAACUACCAGGGCUACUACAAGGUUGUUUCAUAAUAACUUUAAUAUAUUACACUUACUGGAGAUUCAACAUACGGAAUGCAUCCCGUAGUUAAAGAAGUACAUGCAUAAAUGUUUUCAUAUUUUUUUUAUAAUCAUCUCCCUUUUUAAAAAAAAAAUUACUUAUAAAUAGACUUUUUAGUUUGCGUAAUUAAAAGUACUAUUUAUCCUGACUAUUGCACUAUUUUAUUUUAGAUUUAUUUUAGUGAUCACGAUAUUGAAUAUUUUUCUGAAAUUGGAAAAAAAAAAGAAGAUAGGCCUACUUCAUUAUUUCUCAUCUACUUUGUUAUAUCAUUUUCUUUUGAUGUUUUAUUUGUAAAUUAAAUAAAAAAAAUAUUUUUUACUUCUUUAUGUUUAUACUUAUUUGAAGGAUAACAUGUUAUGUAACUCUUUUUUUUUUUUUUUUUUUUCAAUUUGUAACUAACAUGUUACAAAUACUUUGGUUGUGUCACAUAAUUAUAUUUCAUACAAAUCUUUUUUUUUUAUUUGAUCUUGUAGAUAAGUACACUAUAAGUGCUCGGUAAUAAACAAAAUGUACUUUUAAUUAAAAUGGUAUUUCAAAGACAUAGGAGGAAAAUUAAUUAUUAUUGCUUAAUCAUUCAAAGGGAAAUAACAAUGACAAAAUUAUAGAACAGUAACAACGAACGUUGAACGAUUGCAGAUAACUCCAAUUUUAGAUUUCUCAUUUGAUUUUCAAUUCCUAAAAGAAAAAUUAUUAUUAUCAGAAAGACAAAAUUUAUUUUUCUUUCUUCUAAUUUUCUAUAGUUGAUUAUUCUAUAAUCUCAGUUGGAAAAUUACUGUUAUGCCAUGGUAGAUAGGCCUUUACAUGACUGGAGAGCCAAAUAUCUUGUAUCCUUGAUUCAUUAUUCAUUGUUCCAUUCAAUCAUAGUCACUACUUGCAGAUAUAUAACUUUGGAGAUUCUUGUUAAUUUAAAUUUGUGGUCUUAAAAUAAGCAAGCAUUAAAUCAUCUGUCACAUAGAUCACAAGAUCUGAAAGGAGAGUUUCCUUACUUUACUAUUAGGCAUAAUAUAAUAAUAUCUAGCAGAAAUCAAUCUAAAUAUUACCAUGACUAUAUUGGUAUUUUUAUAAUUGGACAUCCUCUUUGUAAAAUGUAAUGCUUAGAGCCAAUUCAAAUAUCAUUUGUUUGAAAAUGAUUUUAAAUUUUAUUUUUUUUAAAUUUUAAUUCAUUUUUUAAAUUUUUAAAGAAAGUAUUGAUUUCUUUCUGGCAUUUGUGACUUUCUCUAUGCAAUGUGUAUGUCUAUUUAUGUACCAAUGAACUAAACAAACUCAUUGACAAAAGAUUUAAGGUGCUAUUGAUGUUCUCCCUUUGAUUUUAGUCAAUACUUCUUUCAAUGUGGCCCCAAAUUUGUGAAAGUGCAUUAUCUCCCAUUCAUUCUUUAAAUUAAUUUGCUUGCUGCCCUUUUCCUUCUUAUGAUAAAUUUUUGUUGACAAAGAAAUAGUCUUCAUUGUACAUAGGAAAAUGUUUCCAAAUAUCUUUUUAUUUGAAAAGAUUUUAGCCAGAUUAGAACUCUUCUGUAACCUAGAUAUUACGUGAACCAAUUUUUGAUGUGCUGUGAGAAGUUAAUACCCUUGAGUUGUAUUUCAUAUUCUAGUCAUACAGAUACAAUAAUUAUUUUCAAGCCAAUGUCACAGUUCCAUAACAAAUUACAGUGAUUCCCAUUACUUGUGAUGUCAGCCUGGUAUGCACUUUGGGCAGUGGCGAAGCUAGGUUGGGGGGGGGGGGGGAAUCUGAAAAUUCCCCCCGGGCCCCCACUUUUAUAUUAAAUAUUAAGCAAAAUGAAGGGGCCCCUAAGAGGUCAAGCCCCAAAUGAUGGCAAAUUCCUAGCUUUACCCCUGACUUUGGGCUUUUGUCAUGAUGGUCAGAGGUUCAAACCCUGCAAACUGCAGGUUUGCGACAGGACAUAUUAAUUUUCACAUUAGAUGGAAUAUAUGAAAUUGUGGUGAUACAUUUUGAUAUGUUUAUAAAAUGUCAUUAAAAACUGCAUUUAAUUUAUUCAUCACUUUUAUUAGCACUCUGUUCCAAGUGUAGACUGAAGAAGAUGUCCAGGCUUCUUUUGGUCUGUCAAUCUAGAGACAUAAUUGUUUUAAAUUGUGUAUGAUUCUGGUCUCAGUUCAUAGGAGACUUCAAUCUUAGUCAAUAUUGUGACAAGUCUUUUUCUUCCAAUGUUUUUUUUGUUUAUAUGUUGUAACCUCUUUUUUUCUUUUUUUUUUUCAAAUAUUUUUAUUGACACAGUAAUUCUGUGAUAAGUUUACUUUUUUUUGUUAUAUGUACAAAUGGAUAUUAAUUUUUUACUUAUCUAUAUAAUCUACAUAGAUCUAGUCCCAUAGAUAUAUUUCAUUAUGGCUAUGUCAUGUAGAUGGGGGGGGGGGGAAGUGUUCUGAAGAUGUACUUUAAAAAGAUUCAGGGGCAUGGUGGAUGAGUGGUAAAGUGCUUGGCCUCCUAACCAAGUGGUCUCGAAUUUGAAUCCUGGUGAAGACUGGGAUUUGAACUUUGGGAUUAUUAGGGAGUCCCCGAGCCCACCUAACUCUAAUGGAGAAAGUAAAGGCCUUUGGUCAUUAGCCAUAGAAACAGAUGAACUUUACACUAUCUGGUCUCAUGGAAGGCUUGGUCUGAAAGGGAGUACCUUUAUCUUUUAUAAAAGGAUCCACUCAUCCUUCAAGUGACUGAAAGUCUAUUAAGGCCCAAAGCACUGUUGCCUAAAGAGCUUUAACUGUAGUGAUACCAUGGCUCUCACACUUACUUCCCUUUGGUAGCACACUAGAUGUGCUGCUGAGACAUGUUUCAAAAUACAUUUUUCUUUCCCCUACAUUUAUAACAAAAGAAGAGGUCUAACAAGAAAGAUGUCAACUUAGGACAUUGAAGAUUGUGGAUUCUGACCUGUUUAGAAAAGCUCCGUGAUAUUAGAAAUAAAACCCUUCUUAUAUUCUGUGGCAGAGUGGCAAUGCUAGGAAUUGUCAAUAAAUGAGCAAGACCUGUGGUGUAAAGUAAUUAUGAUAUCAUUCAAACUUGCUGUGUGCAAUCCAUGUUUUUAAAUGACACUAAAUGCAAAUACUCAAAUGUUUUCCAUUACUUUGUUUUCACAUUUGUAAAACUUGAUGUUCAAAGAUUUUUCUAUCAAAUACUUUAAAAAAUAUGGAUUAUUAAAAAAAAAAAAAAAAAAAAAAUAUAUAUAUUAUAUUUUGUGAUACUGGAUGUUUAUAUAUUUCACUUGAAUACUAUUUAUGUAAAUAUUGGUGUCCAUCUUAUCCCAUAAUUUUGACGCAUACAUAUGUUGUCAACCCAAAAAAUGAAUGCAAGCCCGACACCCCUCUCACAUAAAGCCCACCACUCACACUAUAUUUUAUUGUUAUGAUUCUGGUUCAGGACAAUAUAUGCAUCAAUUGUCUUAUGGAUUUUUGUUUGUUUUGACUGAGAAAUGAAAAUAAAUUUUACAAACAUUA